GCAAGAAGGUUCCUCCUGCUGCGACGAUGGGAGCGACCUCGAGCAUCGACGAUGGGCCUGCGGACCUCGAGCCCUACGACCGCCUGCGCGAAGGCUUCCGCCGCUUACUGCCGCCGGGCGCGCCUCGAGGCCAUGGCAUCGACCGCGCGACCUUCCGCUACAUGGUGCUUGCGUCCUUCCCUCGCUUCCCGCGGACGCUGGCCGAGCGCAUCUUUGACGUGCUCAACGUCGAGCACUCGGGGCUGUUGCAGCUGAGCGAGCUCCUCGCCGGCCUCGAGCUCUCUCGCGACGUCCUAUCCGCGGACGCCAAGCUGCAGCAGGCGUACCGCGAGAAGCAAUGCAAGCUCCUCUUUGGCAUCUACGACUACAACGACACGGGCUUGCUCCAGCGCGACGUCCUCGAGCGCUUUGUCAUUGUCAUCUACGGUGCUUCGACGCUGCCGCUUGUCGCACCCGCGCUCGACUUGCUCUUUGACAAGGCCGCGCUCGCGCAGGCGCCGUUCCUGACGUACGCCGAGUUCCACCGCCACUUUGAGACGCACGAUGCGUCGUUGGACUUCCUCUUCCACUGGCUGGCGAAGGUCGCGCGGCACGUCGGUCGCGGCCCCGACCCCGGGAUCGGCGCGCUGCAGUCGGCGUACAGCGUCGUCGCGAUCCGCGACCGCAUCCAAGCCGAUACGCUCCUAUCCAUUGAAGAGAUUUGCAGCCUUGAAAAGUGGUUCCAGCGCGCCCUCACCAGCGGCCAGCGCCUCGCAACGGCGGCGUUUGUUCAAAGCACCUUUGCCGCCUCUACGACGCCGACUUUUGUCGACGCCCUCAAGCGCCACCUGGGGCCGCGCCUCGACUUUUACCAGUUUUGCGUUCUCGUGUCGACCUUUGGCCGGAGCUCGACCGAUGACGCGCUGCGGUACCUCUUUCGCAUCGUCGCCGACCCGGUGCGCCAUCGAUUGGCCCACGCGACGCUCGUCUCGCUGCGCCACCCGACGAACGACUGCGACAGCUCUUCCCAUAGCGCAGACGACAUGUUGGCCGAGAACGACGACGACGACGACCUCGUCGACGAGUACACGUUCGAGGCUUUUGUCGCAAAGGCGUCGUCGUCGGUGCAGCCGCUCUUGCACGCACUGGCCAUCGCCGUCUCGUCCCAGUUCAACUACAGUGUCAAGCCGCAGACGCCCGCGAUCGAGCGCUGCAUCGUGCGCGCUCGCUGGCUCGAGUACACGGUGCCGCAGCGCUCGCACAUCUGGCAUCUCGUCGACACGGCGUGGUGGUGUGCGUGGUGCAAAUACUCGGGCUUCCACGUGCUCGAGGGUACCCGCGGCGGGUCACUGCCGUUUCCAGCUCUCCCCGCACGGGUUGUGCAGACGACGGGCCUUGACGUAUGCGACGACGACGCGUCGACGACCGAGCGGCCACCGCGCAUCAACAACUGGGCGCUGCAGCUGCGUGCCGGUAGCCGCCGGCUCCAGCCCACCAUGGUGCUCGGCCAGCAUUUUCACCUCGUGCCCGAGCCCGCGUACACGGCGUUGGUCGCGUGGUACGGCGGCGGCCCGCCUUUUGCGCGGUCGUAUGCGAUCGGCGAUGACGGACACUUGACGCUGGAGCUCUUCCCGCUCGUGCUGCGCGUCGCCAAGACGAAUUACCGCGGCGACGUGACGUUGUCAGGCGAAGAGAUUCUCGUCGGCGCGCACUCGACGACGGCGUCGAUGCUCCACGACUGCUGCCACGCGCUUGUCGUCCUGCGCGAGGCAGUGGCCAAGUCUCGUCUCUGGGCGUUCCGGCACGACCAACCCCUCGCCAAGGUGCUACUACCGCCUAAUGCGCUGCCCUACGCCCAGCUUAGCCAAGAGUGGGUCCUGCUCGUUGAAGUCCAAGACAGUGAUGGGUCCUGGCCGCUCUCCCAGCCGGAAGGCAGUCUUGACGAUAUGGCCGAGACGCGCCCGCCGGCACCCAAUGCGCCGAAAUCCUACUCGAACGGCCUCGUCGGGCUCGACAAUCUCGGAAAUACGUGCUACAUGAGCAGCGCGAUCCAGUGUUUAAGCCACUCGCGCCUGCUCAGCGACUACUUCCGCACGGGACUGUACCGCCACGACAUCAACACGCGCAAUCCGCUGGGCAUGCAGGGACGCCUCGCCGCCGCGUUUGGUCAGCUCGUGCAGCAGCUCUGGACAACGCCCAAGAAGCACUUGUCACCAUCGCCGUUCAAGGCUGUGCUCGCCAAGUACAAUAGCCACUUUGACAACGACGACCAGCACGACGCCCAAGAGCUCCUUGCGUUUCUGCUCAGUGGUCUCAGCGAAGAUCUCAACCGCGUCGUGGAGCCACCACCAGGCACGCCGAUCGCCGACAGCCACGGCCGGCGCGACGCGGACGUAGCCGACGAGUGGUGGCAGACAUUCCUUCAGCGCGAAGUCUCGGUCAUUGUCGCACUCUUUAUGGGCCAGUACAAGUCGCUGCUCACGUGUUCGCGCUGCCAUUUUGCGUCGGCGUCGUUCGAGCCCUUUACGUUUCUCCAACUGCCGCUGCCCGAGAGCACGCUGCGGCACCUCGUCUUGACGAUCAUUUUUCGGUGCGACCGACCGCCGCUGCGCGUCACGGUGCCCGUCCAGCGCAGCGGCACCAUUGCCGACGUCAAGCAGGCCGUCUUGGCCCUCGGCGUCGUCGAGACGGCCCACCUCAAUGUCGCGUGCCUCCAAGGUCGAGAAGGCGUUGUGCACACGGUCUUUGCCGAAGGCCAUAGCGUGUCGCACAUCCGUGACGACGCGCCGCUCAUCGUCUACGAAGUCGACGACGUCACCGUCCUUGAGCACUUGGCGACGCGCGAUCCGACGGCCCCGCUUCGAGUCGGCGAUGCGGUUGGCGUCCCCAGCGAUCGUGGCGGCACGCCAUCACACGCUCGCAUCACGCAAUGCAAUGCCAACGGUACGUACGACAUUGCGUACUGGACGGGCAAGCGCGACACGGGCUUGUCGCGCACACGCGUCUUGCAGUACGCGGGCAAGAGCGUGCACAUCUACUUGGUGCACCGCCGCAUGGAGCACUCGAAUGUCUUUUUGACCGACCCGUGCGUUUUGCGGCUGUUUGGGACGCCGCUCGUGCUGCCGUUCGUGCCAAGCGCCACCACGGGCUACGUCUUGUACGUGGCCGUCUGGCAACGUCUGCGUCGUAUCUUUCACUGGACCGAGCUGCCUGCGCCCCGCACGACAGCUCGCGCACCUGGCGCGCGCAGCAACGUGGCGACCGUCGCCCUCGGCCGCGGCCUCGAGGACACGGGGUUCGGGUUUUGUCUGCGGAUGGUGACCACCGAUGGGCUUGCGUGCUCGCGCUGCGACUGGCUCGAGGGCUGCCGAGGCUGCUUGGUGCCAAGCGACGACGUUGCCCACGUCCAAAUGUGUGGUCGAGAGACGCUAGCGAUCGAUUGGGACAUUGCGACCAUGACCGAAGUCUACGACAGCGGCGAAGCCAGCAAAGUUGUGGUGCAUCCGAGCUACCAUACGUACAAGGCGGUGGUCGACGCGCCAUUGAGCUUGGCAUCGUGUCUGCUCGAAUUUACGGCCAGCGAGCCCAUGGACGAGGCCUUUUGCGGCCGCUGCAAGGCGCUGUCGCCUUCCACCAAGAAGAUGGACCUCUGGCGCCUCCCGCCAUUGCUCGUGGUCCAGCUCAAGCGCUUCCAGUACACGUCGUCGUCCAAGAAGAAGCUGCGGCAGCUCGUGCAUUUCCCGCUGCGCGGCUUAGACUUGGCCGAUGUUCUCGUCAAGAAGACGCUGACACCGGGGCUCGAACAUUGGCAAUUUCUCGGCGGCAAGCUCGCGACACGCAACGAGGAGUCGAGUCCGAAUAGCAUCUACGACUUGUAUGCUGUUAUCAACCACAUGGGCGCGCUGGGCGCGGGCCACUACGUCGCCAACGUGCUGAGCGAAAGCGACAAGAAGUGGCGGUGCUUCAACGACCACCUCUGCCGCGACAUUGACGAGCGCGAUGUGGUGUCGUCGUCGGCGUACAUAUUAUUUUACGCCCGCCGAGACAUGCAGUCGCUGCCCGUGCGCCAAGUGUUUCCGCCCAACACGACAGUGAGCCCGCUCUCGGACGACGAGCUUACGGCAAUGCUCACGGAUCGGGAUGGCUCGCGUUGUACGAUUAGCUAGCUUUUUAGGAUAACCUACAGACAGAUAUGUUCCUCGGUAGUAUACAUGCACUGGACCA